AUGAGUGGCAACUUCCUCGCCCUGGCUCAGCCGGGCGUGCAACAACUGUCGCCUUACGUCCCGGGCAAGCCUGUGGACGAGCUGGCGCGUGAGUUGAACCUGGAUCCGUCCAGGAUCGUCAAGCUGGCGAGCAACGAGAACCCACUGGGCCCUAGCCCGAAAGUGUUGGCGGCGAUCCGUGAAGAAUUGGCCGAGCUGACCCGCUACCCCGAUGGCAACGGCUUUGCACUCAAGUCCCUGCUGGCGGAGAAGUGCCGGGUCGAGCUGAACCAGGUAACCCUGGGUAACGGUUCCAACGACAUUCUUGAGCUGGUCGGCCGUGCCUACCUGGCGCCAGGCUUGAACGCGGUGUUCAGUGAGCACGCGUUUGCGGUCUAUCCGAUCGUGACCCAGGCGGUCGGUGCCGAUGCGCGCGUCAUUCCAGCGAAGGAUUGGGGCCACGACCUGCCGGCCAUGCUGGCGGCCAUCGAUGCACAAACCCGCGUGGUGUUUAUCGCCAACCCGAACAACCCGACCGGCACGUGGUUCGACGCUCAGGCGCUGAACGACUUCCUGCAAGACGUGCCUGAACACGUGCUGGUGGUGCUGGACGAGGCGUACAUCGAGUAUGCCGAGGGCAGCGACCUGCCAGACGGCCUCGACUUCCUGGCGGCGUACCCGAACCUGCUGGUCUCGCGUACCUUCUCCAAGGCCUAUGGCCUGGCGUCGCUGCGCGUGGGCUACGGCCUGUCCACGGCGGUGGUCGCCGAUGUGCUGAACCGCGUGCGCCAGCCAUUCAACGUCAAUAGCCUCGCCCUGGCGGCGGCUUGUGCGGCGGUGAAGGAUGCCGAGUACCUGGAAGAAGGCCGUCGCAUCAACGAAACCGGCAUGCUGCAGUUGCAGGAAGGUUUCCGUGAGCUCGGCCUGGGCUGGAUUCCGUCCAAGGGCAAUUUCAUUUGUGUCGACCUCGGCCAAGUGGCUGCUCCGGUAUUCCAGGGCCUGCUGCGCGAAGGCGUGAUCGUGCGGCCGGUGGCCAACUACGGCAUGCCGAACCACCUGCGCAUCACCAUCGGCCUGCCGGCGGAAAACAGCCGCUUCCUCGAGGCGCUGGCCAAGGUUCUGGCCCGUGGUUGA